AUGGCAUCGCGGCGCGGUGUGCCGAUGCUGGACACGGCGUCCGCGGCGGCGGUGCAGCAGAAGAACCUGCGCAUCAUCGAGACAUUCAUCGCGUCCGAGAACUCGCGGGAGCUGCAGCUGGCGCAGUGCAAGUCGGUGGAGAAGCGGGGACUGCUGGAGAUGGAGUUUGCGUUGGCGCGCGCGCACGAGUCCAAGUUGUUGCAUCGCAUGAUGCGAAAGGGCGACGACAGCGACCGCCUCGAAGACGAAGUGCACGCCAUGGUGGUUGCAUCUUCCAAGCGGAUGCACGACAUCGAAGCCAUAAGUUCGCUCCCAAGGUCUCCUUUCGUCAAGAAGAAGCCACCAAAGCGACGAGUGGCGGCCCCGGCCACGAGCUACACCACGGCCAUGCCAGCUAUUAAACCGCGUCUGUUGUCCAUGAAAGCAGCACCAAAUUCGUCAAAGCCAGCCAAUAGCAGCGCCAAACCAGCCAUGCCCAAUAGGACGAAACCAGCACCACAAACGCCGACGAAAAGCGGUACCGCACCUCGUCACACUUAUGCAGCCCAUACUCGAUCGCAGGAGAGUGAAAUUAUUGCUGCACCAACGCCCCACUUGAACCCCAGCAUAGAAACAAGCCUCGACAAUCCACCACAUUUUGACGAACGUUCUACAGCAACGUGCCAUCUACGGCCAGCAACGCCUUCUUCCACAACUGGCGUCGAGCAGACUCCAUUUGAGUGCUUCUUUCAUGCGUAUAUGGGCACGCCGUCCGAGUUGCUCUUUUCCAAAGUGAAGGAAGUGGUGCUCGAUGUCGAGGGCUUUGAAGUGCGCGUGCGGAAAAAGCCAAGUGCCACCCCCGUGCGCCCGUUCACGGCGGAUGCAACAGCUUCGACGCCGGGCGUGCGUGGAGUGCGCGCACUCAAAGUACAACAUGCGCGCGAUGUGGUGGUCCAUGGUGACUAUGAGAGGGCACGAACGGAAGACACGGCGACAGUUCAAGUUCCACUUGACAUGGGGUGCCAGGACGCACUUCAAGUUCCAGAUGACACGGGGCUGCACGUGACACUUGAAGUUCCAGUUGCGGCGAAUGAACGUCAAGUUCGAGCUGACAAGGAGGGAUUCGACGAAGCCCGUCCAGUUCACGCGGAGUUUCAGGAAGUUCUGCAAAUCCCAGUUUCCACACAAGCACUUCAAGUUCACACUGGGUUACAAAAGGCACCUCAAGUUCCAGCUGACACACGGUUGCAGGUGGCUGCACUACAAGGCCGCCAAAACCUUCAACUCAACCCUCCGACGCCAGACUCGAGCACUUUAAGUUCCUUUAGCGAGGAUGGUAGCUCGUCGGCAAUACCGUCCGCCGCGCUCGAAAACCUUCAACUCAACCCUCCGACGCCAGACGCAAGCACUUUAAGUUCCUUUAGCGAGGAUGGUAGCUUGUCGACAAUACCGUCCGCCGUGCUCGACCCUCCAGACCAGAAUGACACGCCAACUCUUACUAUCGUCGACGUGGCACUGCAAGUACCCGCCAUUGAAACAUCGUCCCCAGGUGCCACUACUAGCACCAGCCAGAACGUUAGCCCCCCGAUGCUGCUUCUCCAAGUGCACGAAGUGUCAGAAUCCGCCGUUCAUUCCAUCGUAACGAGCGCCUUGCACUCGCUCCAAUCCCACUCGUUCGAAACAACUUACGACGACGACGACGAUACCAGCUAUGAUGUGACGCCAACACUGAUCAGCCCAGACAAAGACAGAAGCAGCCAUCCGACUACAUUUGCAGCAGCCCCCACUACCCAAGAUCUGCUGGCCGUCGCCGAGAGCUUCCUGCCUACGGCUGCUGAAGCUCCUCACGACGCCCAAUUGGAGAUUACUAGUAGUGGUAGUAGUACUAGUAGUAGUACUACUAGUAGUACAAAGGAUGCCGCAAUCCAAGUGCAGCGCAUGGUGCGAGGCCAUCACGGCCGAAAGCAGUUCCGAGCGACGCUAUACCGUGAAGCCCAGUCGUGCGGGGUGCUCGGGGCGAUGCCUGGUACAACUCAAGGCGCCACUGGGUGGUACCAGGAGCAAACGACGUUCACUGCACAUUAUUUCGUGGUGCUGCCGUCGGGCGAGUGGCGGCCCAAGGUCCAAGUGAAGUGUCCACACAUGAUCCUCACACCGUACGACAUGGCGCGGCACGUCCACAGCGUCAUAAACGUCGUCGACAACAUUGAUUAA